AUGACUGUAGUCAAACUUAGUCAGAGUGGACCGGCGGCAAGCGCUGACACUGGGACUGAGGUUAAGCCUAGCCCCAGGACAUCGGCACCUCCUGCGGUGGUUAUCGGAACCAGACCAAUUAGUCGACGUCCUGUGGCUAUGCGGAGAGCUGGUGAAGAGACUGCCACAGGUAGCACCGAGGCCAGUGCUCCUGCCGGAAAAUGGCCGACAGUAAGGAUCACUGAUCCAACUAAAGCAGGGUACCUGGAGAGGCGUAAUGCCGCCAGGAUACUCAAAAGGCUGCACGAUUCUCCACCAACAACGGAGGAGCUGACGAAGGAGGUAAGGGAGUCGAUAGAGUGGGCGAAGAAGGUUCUUCCUAACUUCACCCUCGAAAGGCCAACCACAUCGUCAGCUGCCACCAAAAGACAGAGGUCUACUGAAGAGGUUAAACCGUCAGCGAAAAGACCGAAAAAUCGAGGCAUAGCGCCUAAUAAAACGUUUGCAGAAGUGGCCCGCAAUCGCAUCAUCAUUGGUGUCCUGGAUGAGGGUGAUCCCGAAGGAAGAAUUCCCAGAGCCCAAUGGAAAUGGGUGCAGGCCGCUCUGACCAACGUAACGCUGGAAGUGCUACUAAGCAAUCCAGGUCCGCCCCCAUCAUGUACUGACGCUGGCUGGUACCAAGGCCAGAUUAAAAUUAUAGCCUGCGACGACGAAAGAUCGGUGGAGCUAUACAAGACUGCAAUAGCGAAGAUCGGGGAAGUCUACCCUGGAGCGAAGCUCGUGGUAGUAGACAAAAAAGACAUCCCGUCUCGACCAAGGGCACGAGUUUGGGUCCCUACACCCUCUGACCCACAGCAAGUCAUGCAGAUAAUAAGUGCAUGCAACCCAGGCCUUCCUACGGGGAGCUGGAAAUUUGUCAAGGCCUUUGACAAUACCGUAACAGUAGACGGUGUGGUGACGAAACGUGCCACAACGCAAGUAAUGCUGUUACUAACAAACGAUUCUCUAGAACCUUUGGCGAAAAGCGAAGGUAUGAUAAACUAUGGUUUUGGCAAGGUUAAGGUCAGAACCUAUAAAACAGAUGCUGAUGCCAUCGACCAAUUGGCCUCAGAAAUUGAGGCCAAUGACGCUGAGGAAGAUCCUAUGGAGUCCUCAAGCGAUGUCGAAAGCAUCGACAUGGAAGGAUACUGCUCGUCAGGGUCUGAGCUCACAACUAGACUCAAGAAAAUGAGUACAAGUACGACAACUGAGCUUAAAGCUGGUUUGAGUACAACAUACUCAGAAAAAGAGCUCUUGAGCGACUCACAGGAAGAUUCAGAGAGUGUUAACCAUGCGUCUUCUACAAAUAAAUUUACAUCACAGUAA